AUGAAACCCCGCAAAACCCGUCUGAUGGGCAUCUCAGCUGAGCCCGAGUCGUCGCUCACCUACGAGGAGCUCCUGCAGACCAAAUUCGCCGACUACGCAAAGACCGACUACUCUCGAAGCGUCAUCAAGAAUGCCAUUCUCGACAAUGACUUUAUGAAGAAGCUGGAGCAGUUUCAAAUUGACGAGAUCACCAACUGCAUGUACCCGGUGGAAUACGCCAAGGACCUGUACAUCAUCAAAGAGGGCGACAUUGGCUCGGCACUGUACGUCAUCGAGGAAGGUACUCUGGAGGUGAGCAAGCAGAACAACAAGUUCUUCUCAAAGAUGGGCCCGCAGAAGAUGUUUGGCGAACUGGCCAUUCUCUACAACUGCACCCGAACUGCCACUGUCAAAGCUCUGACCGACUGCAAGCUGUGGGCCAUUGAGCGACAAUGCUUCCGAACCAUCAUGAUACGGUUCGGACUGAUGAAGCAAAAGGAGCACAUAAAGUUCCUUAAAACUGUGCCGUCUUUCAGUAAGCUCAACGACGAAGUCAUUUUCAAAAUUGCCAAUGUUCUUGAAGAACACAUUUACCACCACGGCGACUACAUUAUUCGCCAGGGUGAAAAGGGUGAUACGUUCUUCAUUAUCGUCAGCGGUUCCGUCAGGGUGACCAUCAAUGAGGGUGACUCGAGUGAGGGAAAGCUGAUUUGCACGCAGACCAAGGGUGAAUUCUUUGGUGAGCGUGCCCUGCAGGGAGAGGAAACUCGCUCCGCAAACAUCAUCGCCGAGUCGCCAAUAGUCACCUGUCUCGUCACUGACCGAGAUUCAUUCAAGCAGCUCAUUAGCAACUUGGACGACGUCAAGACGAAGCGGUACGACCAGGACAUUACCGAGAGAAAAAUAUUAAACGAACGAUUUGCCCACCUGCAACUGAAGGACCUGCGGAAGGAGGCGACACUGGGCGUCGGUGGCUUCGGCCGA